CAGCAAACAGGUUAAAAUUGAAAGGAAAGUAGUUUUAAAUUUUGAUUAAUAUUUGUUCGUGAUACGGAUGGUUAAUUUAAGAUGCACCAAUAUUGGCGUAAUUUUCACGUGCAUUUUUUUUAAGAACAUAAGAAAAUUUCGAAAAUUUCCUUGAAUAUUGCAAAAUGGCAAGAAAACGUCCUCUAACACGCACACCACAGAAAUCGGUUAUUUCGGCUAAAACCAUAAAAAUAUCACCCAAGGGUAAGCCAAGUGAAAAUGGUUUAUGUGGUCCGUCUAAAUCCCUAAUGGUUAUAUCUAAAACAUUUGUAAAUACAAAUGAAUCAAAUAAUGAUUUAUCGAGUAAUUCCGAGAGGAAACAGAACUGCAAUACUUCUUUAACUAACAAUAACAAUGGUUCUUUUCUAGUAUUAAACUCUUCUGUUAAUGAUUUGAAUGAUGACCCUCUAGAUUAUGAACUUGAAUUUGUGGAGAAUGGUCAAAAUAAUAAUGGCAUCGCAAGUCUCAAUAAUUCUAAUAUAAACGAGAGUUGCUCUAUAAGAAGUGCAAAUAUUACAUCAACUCUUGAAGACGAAGAAGAAGAAAACUUUUCCAAUGUUUCCCACGAAAGACAUUUCUUUAGGUAUUCUUCGGAUGUUGUCGAUGAAAGCCCUUUGAAUUUACCCAUUCAUUUUCCCACAUCUCAGUCCAAAGUUUUGCUGGAUAGUCCCAGGUCUAGUUCUAGUGAUUGCAGUAAUACUUAUAAUUAUCUUGUUGAUGAAGAAAACGACAGUUUUGACGAUUGUAGCAUUACCGCAGAAGAAGAAGAAAGACUUCUUCAAUCUGAUAAUGAAUCCUCUCCUAUUCUUGAUGUACCAUGUGAUGAUUUAGAAAAACCAGAUAAUUGUGAAAAUUACAACGAUGCUCCUCCAGUUUCUAUCUUCAGAAACAGCAAAGUUACCAUGAAAGGGAACCAGAUAAUAAUAAAAGCAGUUACUGCAUUUAAACCAGAGACUCCUGCUGGUAAAUCAAAGUGUUGGGACAUGCGUUACCAUCCUUAUAGUGAUUGUGAUUUUGAAGAAUUCAACCCAUCAUUCAAUAGUAGAAGCAUUUGUUUAAAUGAUAUAGGAUAUGAUCCUUUGAUAUCAGAUGAAGAAGAGAAAACUUCCAUAAUUCCUCCAAAAUCAUCAAGUUCUACUACUAAUGUUAAAGUCACAUUGGAUGCUAAUCAGGAAAGGAAAUUCUGUAAAACUGAUUUUAAAAUACCGAAAUUACCUCCCAUCAAAAGGCCUCCGACCAGACCUAAAAAAACAAUAUUCACCAAAACGGAACCUGAUAGUCCCUUAUCUACUUUUCCCAAUCAUAUCUCUAAAGAUGUAGAUGUUAUUUCUAUUGCAGCUUCUUCGGUGAUGUCUGAUCAAAUGGAGCUGGAUAAACAGAAUUCUGAAUUAAACAAAUCAUCUGAAGACCUCUUUAAUCCAGAUCAACUGAACUCCGACCCAUUUUAUGUUGAGAAUUGGUUAACUCAAGUUAACAAUGCACCGCCGUUUUUUUCUACAACCAUUUCAACACCUCCGUCGGUUAUAAAAGUUGAAGGAGACGAAGAAAGUACUCGAUUAACUCCGCCUCGCGUUGAUUUCAAGAAAAUUCCGAGGUUUUUUAACGGUUUGUGCUACUAUUUUUUUAUUAGAGAAAAAUGUAAUUUUCGCUCCUGCAUACAUUCGCAUACUUUGCAACAAGCAGCGUUUUUAUUAAAGUGUCAAUCAUUGAAUCAAGUCGAAUUGGAAGAAAGUUAUAAUUUUGCAUCAAGAUUUCCUGUACUAUUUCGAGAAACGCACCCGAUUUUUAUAAACGUCUUUGGAAUGCACAAGAUGCAGAGCAAACUCAUUGCUAUUAUUGGUGACAUUUUCGCAUUGAACAACACAGUCAUAAUAAAUAAAGCAAUCGAAUUGAUAGUGGACGCACUUCGUCAAAUAGGUUUAACGUUAUUGGAAGCCGUAGAAAAAAUUUCGUUCAACAUCGGUUUCUUGCGAUAUCCAACCUUAGCUGAUAUCUUAAUUGAAAUCCUAUCUAAAGAACCGAAUCUAUCAGAAACUUGGGAGGAAAUUAAACGGAUAUGCAAGGCCAAGAAUUUCAUCGCCCCGCAUACUUUAGAGACGAUAUUGAGACGGGUUAUACGAGAACCCAACGACUCCAACCGCAAUCUCUGCAAAGACGUCUACAAUACUAUAAUCAAAAACAAAAUGACUGAUGUAUCUAAGAUCAAGACCGAGUACAUACUCUCGCUGAAAACGCUCGUUGAAUUUGGAAAUAAACCGGCUAAUUGUUUAAAUACAAGCAUCGAUGCGAAUACCGCGAUCGACAGGGAUGUAUUUGAAGCGAGUGACCACCUCGCCAAUCAAAUUCAAACCGAUAGUUCUAGUGACAUCGAUGAUCGGUAUCCUACGUUUCGUUCGCGGUAUUCAGAAAUGAAAUCUGAAGACCCAUCACCGACUGAACGGUCGCCUUGUUCUUCUAGCAGUUCUUCCAGAAGUUCUUCUAGCAGUUCUUCACGCAGUUCUUCUAGAAGUUCUUCGGAGAGUUUCAGACAUACUGCAAACAAUCGAUCUGACUCUAAUACUCGCAAACACGAAUCUCUGUCAUUAAGGAGCGGCUCCCCUUACGUACCGCAAACAUUAAAUAGACCGAACAGGAAAAGUCCUUCGACAACUUCUUUGGAUACCAUUAAUUCUGCUACAACAAUUACCAGUAGUGCUUCUAAAUCGGUAGUUUUUCACAGAACUGUAUUAUUGCCUUCUGUUAGUUCUGCACCCGUGCCUCAAAUAACUGCAGCGACUAAUUCGAUGAAAUCAAUUCUGUUUCCUGAGAGGCCCAUCUUUGGAAAAUUCAACUACAAGUCGGAUUUCGUUUUCGAGAAAUCUUUGCAUAAUCUGCUACCUUGUCCAAAAGAACAGGUAGUUCUCAAUGAACCUGAUAUAAUCAAGUUAAACGAUGUCAUCAAAAAUGCAGAUGGUAACGAAUUUCUGCAAUUAUUCGAACAAUACAAGGGUCCCAAUACUUUGCAACAAUUCAUUACAAUGUCCAUUGCUCAUUUGAAGAACACUCACCAGACUCCGUCUAAUUCUUUGAUGGAUCUUGUGGAAAAUUUAGAAGCAUCGAAUCCUCAAUUCAAACAUGACCCUAUUCUAAAAGGCGUUUUGGAAGUAAUCGUCUUCAAUUUGCUAAUAUUUGUCGAAAGGAAAUGUCUUUGGGCCGAUGGCAGGAAACUUAUCGAAAUGUUUUGUGAUUGGGAUAGCUUGAUUUCAUCUAAGCAAUUCACUACGAACCAAAUGACGCCGAUCGGUAGAUUUAUAUUUUUGGCUAAGCUAUUGGCUGAAGCGAAGGCUUUUUACAAAGUUUACGACAUUCUGCGCUCGCCUGAUUUGCGUUUAUUGGAAUCCUCGAGCUAUUGGCCAUUAUUCCACUGCGGUAAAGCGGAUUUGGAAAGUCGAAAUCUUCUCUUGGUUUAUUUUUUUAGAAAUGCAUACUACAUCAACGUGGAAGUUGUGUGCGAUAUGUACAAAAACAUAUUUCAAUUUAACGAUAUUUGGCAAUUCGAUUCUCUUUGUUUUUUCAAUCCCAUGUUAGAAGAUAUGAUAGAUAAGGGUAAUUGUUCGUCUCUGAAGCAUUUCCUAUCAGAUAUAGAGGUUUUUUACAAGAAAAUGGACAGGAACAUUUUUAGAGCUUUCAUAAUACUGAUGCAUAAAUUCAUUACUAAUAAAAAUAAAAUCAAUAUUUACGUGAUGGCUGUGCAAAAAAGAUUAUACCCUUUCUAUACGGGCCAAGAAACUUCCAUUAUUGUUAGAACUAACAUGCCUGACGUCGAGUUAAAAUUUAUUUUGCUCUUUUACUUGCACAAAUAUUCAUGUCUUCCAAAACCUUUACACCAUGAUCUUCGAAUUGAGAUAAAAUUGCCUACAGAAUUCAUGAAGACGCCAAGGAUAUUGCGCGAGUGCGCGCGCAGCAUCAAAGAGGUUAACGAAUCUAUAAAAAAAGUGUUUUUAGAUAUAACCGAUAUUCGUUUGGAUCAAUCAGACAGCAACACCGUUGUUUACAUUUCUAAACAGAAACUUAUGAAUGUAAACGUAUUGUACUGAAGAUUUUUUUUCUGGUUAUUCAGUUAUGUUUUUAUUUUGUUUUUUUUACGUGAUGUGAUUAAAAACGUUUUGUUACAAGUUGCAAGCGAAACAUGGGGGUUGGAUUUGUUUCAGUAUUUGAAUGUUGAUAUUUCCAAAAAACAAGAAUCUCGC